AUGGCAGCCAACCUCACAGAGGGCAGCCCGAAGUCCAACGGGACCGGGCAGGCACUGGAUUCUCCUGUCCCUUGCACUGAAAUGGUGACUUUCACUGCAGUGGUGGAAGGAGAGGAAUGGGGCUCCUUCUACUACUCCUUUAAGACUGAGCAGUUGAUAACUUUGUGGGUCCUCUUUGUUUUCACCAUUGUUGGAAAUGCCAUCGUGCUGUUCUCUACAUGGAGGAGGAAGAGGAAGUCAAGAAUGACCUUUUUCGUGACUCAGCUGGCCAUCACAGACUCUUUCACAGGACUGGUUAACAUCUUGACAGAUAUCAUCUGGAGAUUCACUGGAGACUUCAUGGCACCUGAUCUGGUUUGCCGAGUGGUCCGCUAUUUGCAGGUUGUGCUGCUCUACGCCUCUACCUAUGUCCUGGUGUCCCUCAGUAUAGACAGAUACCAUGCCAUCGUCUACCCCAUGAAGUUCCUGCAAGGAGAAAAGCAGGCCAAGGUCCUCAUCGUGAUUGCCUGGAGCCUCUCUUUCCUGUUCUCCAUUCCCACCCUUAUCAUAUUUGGGAAAAGGAAACUCUCCAAUGGUGAAGUGCAGUGCUGGGCCCUGUGGCCUGAUGACUCCUACUGGACCCCAUACAUGACCAUCGUGGCCUUCCUGGUGUACUUCAUCCCCCUGACAAUCAUCAGCAUCAUCUAUGCCAUUGUGAUCAGAACUAUUUGGGUCAAAAGCAAAGCCCACGAGACGGUGAUUUCCAACUGCUCAGAUGGAAAGCUGUGCACCAGUUACAACCGAGGGCUCAUCUCAAAGGCAAAAAUCAAGGCCAUCAAGUAUAGCAUCGUCAUCAUUCUCGCCUUCAUCUGCUGUUGGAGUCCGUACUUCCUCUUCGACAUUUUGGACAAUUUCAGCCUCCUGCCAAACACAAAGGAGCGUUUCUAUGCCUCUGUGAUCAUUCAGAACCUGCCAGCUUUGAAUAGUGCCGUCAACCCCCUCAUCUACUGUGUUUUCAGCAGCUCCAUCUGCUUCCCCUGUGGGGAGCAAAGAUCACGGGAUUCCAGAAUGACAUGUCGGAAGAGAACUGAGGGGCAUGAGAUGCAGGUUCUGUCCAAGCCGGAAUUCAUGUAG